UUAAAAAUAAUUACGCACUAUUAACAGCAUCGAUUCUUAUUAGCCAUCUAAUUCAAUUUUUUUUAAUUUAUACAAUUUCGAGAAUCAUUGUGAUAUAUUUUUUAGAAAUUUAAAAAAGUACAAUUGAACAAUAACGAUGGGACCAAUUUAAAUUAUCGCUUAGAUAAAAAUCGCGCAUGUGCGGUUAUCCUCUGCGGUUCUUAUCAUCCCCAUUUCAAUGUAUUCUCUGUAUCAUCUGAUUAGAUAAAGAGGGCUUGGUUCUGCUUCAAUAUCAUCGAAAACCUGACGCAGACUUCAUUUUGUUACGCACAUUUUCCCAGUGAAAGGCAAGUGCCGAAAAGCACUGCGAACAUGGUGUCCCUGCAGACUAUUGGGAGUAUAGUGAUCAAAGUGCUAAAGUUGGUGAUCAAUCUCAUUAUAUUGAUCCUGUACCGUACAGGAUACGGCGGUGAGUUUUUAGGCGUGGGUGGAACAUGGAACCUGAACGAGGACAAGAAUCCUGACGCCGAGAUUGUCGCUUCUGGAGUUUUUGUCGGAUUCUUCAUCUACACGAGCGUCAUCCUCGUCAGCUACUGUUUUGGAAAUACCGAACAUAAAAAGACUCUCGUUGAAAUCAUCAUGAAUUUCGUGGGGACAUUUAUGUUUGUGGCUGUGGGUGCAACAGCUCUGCAUUACUGGCACGGUUACCAACCUGAGCAGAAAUUCGUGUACGACGCACCGGAGAGGCAGAUCGGCUUGGCCGUGGGUUCAUUGUGCGUUUUAGAAGGUGCAGCGUACUUAUUGGACUUAAUAUUAAGUUUUCUCCAUUACGCUAAGGAUGAAUUCCAAUAGGAAGAAAAAUAUUACAAGAUAACAUCGUCGAUGAUAUUUGGCGAUGAUAUUUACGUUUCAUUUCUGUUUCAUUCCAUCGACUCACAUUAUAGCUAACAAUAUAUAUCGAGCAUUGUAAAAAUUUCGUAUGUCAAAACUUCACAAUUAGAUGUCUCCUUAUAUAUUGUUAGUCACAUUUCCGUACAAGAGUUUCUCUCUUUGCAGGAAAUAAUCUUGUCUUUCUUUAACGAAGGGCAAUAUUUCCUUAUUAUAUUUCCUUGUGUACUUUUUUAGGUAUUUAUUCAUGCAAAUAUAUACUUCUCUCAUUGAAACUGUAAUAUGUGUACAUUCAUAUAACAUAUAUAGAAAAUAAAGUUUAUUACAAAAUUUGUAAUAAAAUAUGACUUGGAAUA